GCGGCAUUUCAGCAGGGAGAUUUACUCCAGAAAUGACUGGAUUUGUGGGUGCAGCAGGAUGAAUGUACUUUUCUGCUUUCCUUGCAUACUUUUCGGGGGUAGAUGUUACAGAUUUAGUGCACCUGAGUGAAAAAAAUAAGAAGCAUGAAAACUCUAAAACACAUCUUCAUAAUUCAAUGAAAUUGGCUUUAUUGGGGACUGUUAACAUCAGAGCUCAGUUAGAUUCAGCAUAUUGGAGAAAUAUACAACAGCAUAAUGAUACCGUUACAGAAAACAGAGCCUCGUAUUUGGCGAUAAUAGCAGAUGAAACAACUGACAUUUCGGGGAAAACCCAACUGGUAACAAUUUUCAUAUACGUAUUUAACGGCGAACCAGUAGAACAUUUUUGGAAUUAUAUGAAUCCCGAAAAAUGUGACGCUGAUACUCUCACAAGACAUACUUGUAUUUUGAGCGUCGUAGAUCCAUUAAUAGAAAAUUUCCCUAACAAACUGAUUUCACAAAGCUAUGAUGGAGCCGCGGUAAUGGGCGGACAUAAUGCUGGAGUACAGGCAAAAAUUAAACAAAGAUAUCCAUUUGCUCACUAUGUGCAUUGCUAUGCGCAUCAGUUAAACCUGAUUAUGUCCCAAACUGCUUCCGCAAAUGCUCAAGUUCGGGUGUUCUUUGGGGAUGAAAGAUAUUCCUGGAUUUUUUAA